AUGAAGUGGCGCACGGCAGAUGAAGAGGAAAGGGAGGAGCAAACACCACUCAAAGAGGCUCGAGGAGAUCCGCCGGUCCCCUUCUACUCCUCUCCUCCUUCCGCAAAGGAACUUGUUGUAGAGACCAUCAGCACAGAAGAGCAGGAGGAUCCCUAUGCCAAGUGGGUGCCCGUGCGGCAGCGAGUCUUGGCCCUGGUGGCCUUGCCCGCCCUGUUGCCGCCUAUCACCUCCACGAUGUACCUCCCGACACUGAACGUCGUGAUCGCCGACCUGGAGACAACAGAGGAGAUGGUGGCCUUCACUCUGUCGGCCUACGCGCUCACGGUGGGCUUCUGUCCGCUCGCGUGGGGUCCGCUGAGCGAUCGGUAUGGCCGCCGCGGUGUGCUCCUCUCCUGCCUGCUCAUAUUUAUCGUCGCCGCCAUCAUCGCAGGUUCAGCGCAGCAUGUGUACACAUUGAUUGGGGCGCGAAUGUUGCAGGGCAUUGGUCUUUCAGCAGCGGGUAUAGUCGGGGCAGGCUCGAUAGCCGAUGUCUACCCGCCGGCGAUCCGAGGCCAAGCCAUGGUGCGCUUCGCCGCGCUCAUCUCCUUUUUCUGUACUCGGUCGCCCCAGGGGAUGGUAUUCGGUCACUGUGCUCCUGGGCACCGUGCUGGGACCCGUCGUGGGAGGCACUAUACUUCUCGCCCAGACACACUGGCGCUGGCCGACUCUGCUGACCCUUGUGAUCGCAUCUCGUCUGCAACAGGAUUUGUUGGCGAGCUGUUGGGUUGGCGAACAAUCUUCUGGUCUCUCAGCGUGGCAGCCUUCAUACUGGCCACCAUGGCCUUCUUUUUCUUGCCGGACACGCUCAACCGAAGCGGACCCAAGAAGUCCGCCAACCCCAUCCAAGUCUUCAAGCUCUUCUUUCACCCGCCGAUCACCAUCAUCGCGUUCAUCAACGCGAGCACAUUCAGCAUCAUGUUCCUCAUCAUGUUCAUCUUUCCGAUUCAACUGGAAAAGAUCUAUGGCCUGAGUGAGAUCGGGAUCGGGCUCUCCUACCUGCCGAUGGGCAUCGGCAACUGCCUCGGCACCGUGGCCGGAGGCAGGGCUGCCGACCACGGCUUCGCGAAGAAGGGAACCGCAGGACGGCUGAUUCCGGUGGUGGUGGCCUCUCUGCUGACCACCAUCUUCACCGUCGCCAUCGGUUGGUUCUUGAAUCGCAAUCUCUGGAUCACGCUCGCGGCCAGUUUUGCGUUCGGCUUCCUGCUGACCUUCUCGCGACCAGGCAUGACCACCUACGGCAUCGAGCAGCGACCACAGAGCGCGUCGAGUGUGCAGGCAUGCAUGUAUUCGUUCCAGUGGCAGUACUCGUUCAUCGUGCUCAACUUCGGUCCUGUCUUCAUCGAGCGCUUCUCGGUCGAGCGAGUCUUCUUCGGGCUGGCCCUCAGCGUGCUGGUCCUCUGCGUACCGCUCAUCGUGCUCAUGUGCCGCUCCGUCGCCCACUACAACUCCACCACGACCGCAGCCGCGUCCAGCGAGUCGGCCACUAAAACAACGUAA